UUAUUCUGUCUUUAUUCAAAUGUAGAUUAAAUCUGCAGCUGCUUCAUUAUUCCAUCUGUAAAAGAAGCAGAAUUUCUCCUCCAUUACUCCAGUGGGUUUUCUGUUCUUGGAGACAUAGACUCGAAUCUUCAGAGCAAAUGCCUCCAAACGGCUUCCUUUCCUGAAGACCAUACAGGUGAAGUUAUUGCCCCCGGAACGAUUGAAGCAUUCACCUCCUGGGGGCUGAGUAAAGACAGACGAGUAUGCAUCACAACUGAUAGCGCUUCAAACAUGAUAAAAGUCACUUCAAUCAACAAAUGGGCACCGCUUCAGUGUUUUGGACAUCAACUAAACAGUCUGUGUUCCUGAGAGAGAGUGGGGAAGAACAAGAGAGUGGCACACAUCGUGAGGCUGUGUAAAAAAAAAAAAUUGUGGCUGCCUUCUCCUUCUCCUGGAAAAAGAAGAGAGACCUGGCAGCUGCUCAGGAAGAGCUUAACUUACCCAAGCACAAGCUGGUGACCGAGUCACCUACAAGGUGGGGCUCACGUCAGAAGAUGGCGGCAAGCAGCACAAGGCUCUCUCUCAGGUACUUACUACUGACAAGAAAACCAGGCACUUGGUGCCCACCUGGCAGGACAUGGAUGUGCUUUAGUCAAUGAACGAGGCCUUAAAGUCGCUUCUUGAGUUCACAGAUUCACUCCCUGGUGAGUCGUAUGUGAGAGUGUCCUACCUUAAGUUUCACCUCUUCAGAACAGAGGUCCUGAAUCCCUCUGAUGAUGACACACAGCUCAUAAUGGACAUAAAGACAAUGGUCAUGGAUUAUCUCAAUGAGAAGUAUGAUGACCAGAUAACAGAUGACCUGCUUGAUAUGGCAUCCUUGGUUUAUACGCGCUUCAAGACCCAAUACAUCAAGCCAGACAAGAUUGAGGCAAUCAAAACAAGAGCAGUGUCUUAAUUAAAAAUUAAUUCAAUUAAAUAUUUACAAAAUAUAUACAAACAGCUCUUAGCUGGGCUUCCUUCCACACAAAGGAUCAAGCUAUUUAUUUGGCACUUCCUUUGCACAACUAUUCUCCAUCAACUACCCACACAAAUGUAUAUAUGACCCAUACGUAUAUAGUCAAGGCUCCGCCCACAUGGAUAAUUCUACUAAACAGGUAAGUGUAAGGUGAGUAUUUUAACAAUCGGCACAUAGCAGAUAUUCAUUAUUCUGGACAUUAAUAAACAAAAUAAACAACAAAACCAAUAAACAAAAUAUGCAUAUGAUAAAUAACUCAGACAAAUAACAAAUAACAAAAAGAAUAUUCUCCUUUUCCCCUUAGACAUAGACACACAGAACAGUCUCGCCGCCAGAGGCGUUGCAUAGGCGCAGCAGGGUAAAAUGUCCUAUUAAUGGAGUCGUGAUCCACCAGACCCAGAAGACACAUGAUAGAUGAUCCACAACACAAACAAAGACAAUGACUAACCAAUAUGCAGAUAAGUAAUAAAGAUGUUGUGAUAAAACUUAUCUGGUGUGUUCGUGGGGUUAUUGAGAGAGUGAUUAGCAGGAGAAAGCGGGGCAUACUGAAAACGUAUGUGUGUAUGAGAAUAAAGCAGUAGCACAAUCCCAAGUGUGCACUCAUGGAAAAGGCUAAAACAUUAGCCUAAGGCAUUUAAUCUCCUUUGUGCUUAGUCUGCCUAAUGCCUUAAUUUGGCCUCUUGCAAAAGCUUUCAUUACAUUUUUGUCCCUAAUUUUCUUUGCUGCAUUUUCCUUCCUUAUUUUUCUUAGUGUUGCCUUUGCUGUUUUGGUGAUUUUUUUCUUGUCUCUUUAAUAGUUUUUUUAAAAAGGUCCAAUUGAUUGGCUGGUGACUCAUUGCUAUGUUGACUGGCUUGUGGCUGACUGGGUAGUAUCAGGGGGUUUAUCAAUACUCAAAUUGAUGCUUCCUCGUUUCCUCCGUCCUCCAGCUCGUGACCCGGAAAUCGAUUGACGUCAACCAUCUUGAAGGACAUCUAAAUUCUCUAAUUGCAUGAGGCAAAGAACGAGGAGUGAGAAAGCUUCCAGAGGAUCGAGGAGUGAAGAUACACAGAUCCCUGAAGCGCAGUGACGUCAUCCAGCUGAGCACAGUCAUCAUUAAUUGACGUUGCUAUGAAGUGAUGCUUGAGAGAGCGAGGAUCUUCCAUUGGAUAUAGGCAGAAGACAUGGUACUGCUAAUUUUAAACGAAUGACUCGAACCCAAAGACUCGAGAAUAAUCAUUUCUGUCUCCAGGGAACAGAAUGACUCAGAUCAAGAGAGCACGUGAGAGCGAAGUGCGCAUGCGUGAGAUUCUGGCUCCACCCCGUUACUCGCUCUGAACCGAAACUAGAUGUAGAGGGAGAAGUUUGAACACCGAGUGGAGUAGAAGUAAACAGAGUUUUUAACCUUCACACGGGCUGUUGGUGGUGUUUUGUCUGAGACAUGGAGUCCUGCAGGGUUCCUCACCAUGUCCUGCUUUUAUUCAUCCUGAUGUUCAUCACAGAGGAGUCUGGAGGAGGCGGUCGGAGAUGAUGAGUACAGCGCGGCCAGGAAGGCCGUACUCACACACCUGUGUGCCAGACCCAUGCAGAUGGCAGUGUAUUUCUGUACAGGAGUUCUACAGGAAGAGAAGUUGUUCCAUCACUAUGCUCUGAACGUGCCACUCUACACACACUUCACCUCUCCAAUCCGCCGCUACGCUGAUGUCAUCGUCCACCGCCUGCUGGCCGCCUCACUUAAGUGUGGACCUCGUGUGCAUCUCACCCAAGAUGAAGUGCAGAAGCAGGCCACUCACUGUAAUAAUAAGAAGACUGCAUCCAAGAGGGUUCAGGAGAUGAGCACCGAGCUGUUCUUCAGUAUCUUCGUCAGGGAGUGUGGGCCUCUGGAAUCGAAGGCGAUCGUGAUGGGGAUGCUGGAUAAAUCCUUUGAUGUGUUGGUGCUGGACUAUGAGGUUCAGAAGAGGAUCUACUGUAAUGCCAUUGAGGGUCUGCAGUCGUUUAAUUUCCGUAAAGUCGGUAAACGGCCUGAGAUGACCCUGGUUUGGACGCCUAACGAGCUGGAAGAUGACAGCGUUACACAGGAGAUCUCCUUGUUUUCCGUGGUGGAUGUGCUGCUGUCUGCUGGUGAAGGUCCUCUCAAAUACACUGCAGUACUGAGGAGACCCACACACACCCAAUUCUGAACACACACACAUUUAAUAUUCUCAUGGUUCUGAGGUCAGCAUAAUGAAGCGGUGUCACAUUUUACCUGGAAGUAUUUCACAUGGCGUGUCAUAUGUGUUUAACACGUGGUUAAUAAUAUCUCUGAUUAGCAGUGUGAUUAACAUCAUUAACCAUUGCACUUUUACUUCAACUCAUUUUUAAAAAAGUUAUAGUUUAUAAACUGAAGAUAGGAAACUCUUAAGUGUGACGUGCUCUUGUGUGACUCGAUGGCACGAAUAAUUAUUUUGCUGUUGUGUCUGAGCUUAAGCCAGUGCUAACCACGUGUCAUAUUUUUAUUUAAACGUGUGUGGUCAUUUUUACACAGGUGAUUACCCACAAUCCCACAGUGCGGUUUGUUUACUGUAAUCACCUGUUAUUUUAUUUAACUCCAUUUCAAAUCCCACUGCAGGAUUCGUUUCCAUUAUAAACCUCAGCUACAGUUUCCAGUUUUUAAUAUGAAUUCUAAAGCUGCACAUAAAACUGUGUCCGAGGUUUAUAACGGAAAUGAAACCUGCAGUGGUACGACGAUUCGGUUCUCCCAGUGGGAGGAGUUUUCAUUUUUAUUUGUCUAACACAGGUUUGUGUGUCGAUUUUUUCCACUGUGCGUGUGACGUCUCUGCUGUUUUCAUUACUGCCUAACGGUCACUGUGCAUUUUUAUUUUAAUUUUAAAGAGUUUUAAUUUUUGUUGUUUAAUGUACUGUCACUGAGGAGAAUUAAAUUAUUUCCAUUCAGGAAAACA